GAUGGGUCGCUGCCAUGGACUCGAAGUACCUUUCCGGAAUCGGCCUGCCUUUCGGGGCUCCCGUGGUGCAGUUGGGGCUCCCCGAAGACGGGACCGCGGGCGCGCCAGCGGCGCCUGCGCCGAAGGCCAAGGCGGCAGCGACAAGUGCGAAGCCUGGGGCCAAGGCCGCCGCUGGCGCUGCUGGGGCGCCCGGCGACUCUCCCGCGGUCGCGACUUCGGACAAAAACUUUCUGGAGAAGUGGAUCGACGAGGACCUGGCGCCUGGCGGCAGGUGUCACGGCAAGAAAGUUAUUACCAGGUUCCCGCCAGAGCCGAAUGGGUAUUUGCACAUUGGCCACGCGAAGUCGAUUCUGACAAAUUUUGGGCUCGCGCAGAAGUACGACGGACAGUGCAACCUGAGGUUUGACGAUACCAACCCGGAGACGGAGGAGACGGAGUACGUCGAGUCCAUCAAGGAUGACGUGUGUUGGAUCGCGCAGGCACUCAACCUCGAGCAGUGCAAGAAUGGCGGCAAGCCGUGGCGUGACUCUCUGUUCUUCGCCAGCGAUUAUUUCGACCAGAUGCACGCGUUCGCCAUCGAUCUCAUCAAGGCAGGGAAGGCGUACGUGGACUCCCAGUCGCCCGAGGACGUGCAGAAGAACAGAGGUGGGGGCCCUGAGAACAAGCCUGGCAUAGACUCGCCAUUCAGAAACAGGACUGUGGAGGAGAAUUUGCGGCUCUUUGCGGAGAUGCAGGAGGGCAAACACGCCGAGGGGUCCCUUUUGUUGAGGGCGAAGAUCGACAUGACGCACCCCAACAUGAACUUGAGGGACCCGCCCAUGUACAGGAUCCGAUUUGCCAAACAUCACCGGACUGGUGACAAGUGGAAGAUCUAUCCGAUCUACGACUUUGCUCACGGAAACGAGGACGCCAUCGAGGGCGUCACGCACUCGAUCUGUACGCUGGAGUUUGAAAACCACCGCGCCCUGUACGAUUGGUUCAUCGACAACACGUCGAUCAUCCCCAGCAAGCCAAUGCAGAAAGAGUUCUCCCGCCUUGAGGUUGAGGGCGCCGUCACUUCGAAGAGGAAGCUGCUGAGGCUCGUGAAGGAGAAGAAGGUCGAAGGUUGGGACGACCCGCGGCUGCUCACCGUGCGGGGCAUCAAGCGGCGCGGCGUGCGGCCGCAGGGGCUGAAGAGGAUGUGCGACACGGUCGGCGUGACGGAUAGGAAGUGCACCACCCCAUGGCAGCUGGUGGAGGAGUGCUUUCGGGAGGACCUCGAGCCAGUGGCCAUGCGGCGAAUGGCCGUUCUAGAGCCUCUGCUUGUGGAGAUAACCACGUACAAAGAUCAAGAGAUGAUCGGCGGCCUCACGGACCUGCCUGAGCAGGACCCGAAGGACCCCGCAUGCACGAGGAGCAUCAGCUUCUCCUCCACCAUCUACAUCGACAGCUCCGACUACCAGGAGGAUGCGCCAGAGGGCUACUUCAGGCUAAGCAAAAUCGGCAGCGAGGUGAAGCUGAGGUACUCGUACUGCAUCCAGCUUCAGGAGGUGGUUAAGGAUGCGAAGGGGAACAUCGUGAAGCUGCGGUGCAGCCACGAUCCAGAGACCAGAGACAUUAUGCCCGCUGACAGGAAGCCCAAGGUCAUACACUGGGUUAACGCUGCAGACUGCCUGGAUGCCGAGGUGCGGCUAAUCAACACGCUGUUCGGCCCGAUGCCUGAUCCGAUCCCCGAAGGGAAGGACUUCAUGGAUUACUUGAACCCGGAGUCCUGGGUCAUCCGCAGCGCGAAGGUGGAAAAGUGCCUCGGCGCCUGCAAGCUGGAGGACCGCUUCCAGUUCGAGCGGUGCGGCUACUUCGCCCCCGACUACGUCUGCUUCGAGGGUCCCCGCAAGCUGACUUUCAACCGGGUGGUGCCGCUGAAGGAGUCCGUGGCCAAGAAGAAGAUGGAGGGCACCCACGGGGCGAGCCGUGCCGAGGCCCAGGCCGCGGCGGCGGCCGCGAAGGAGCGAGUCCAGAGGAUCCCCCCGGAGGAGUUCUUCAAGACGGAGAGAGGGGACGAAUUCUCCGCGUUCGAUUCCAACGGCAUGCCCACCCAUGCCAAAGACGGCACCCCGUUGCCGAAGUCAGCGAUCAAGAAGUUGGCGAAGGACUUGGAGAAGCAUAGCAAAAUACACAACGCGUGGAAGGCGACCCAGUGA